GGGUUGUUUUUGGUUUUAGCAACCAAACUGUUGACCCGAACUACGAACUACGAGCAUUUGGGAAUAAGGCAGCCCUUGCGUGCGACCCCGGGACUUCUGGCGACGCUCCUUCCGCGCUCAGCCCGGUGAAGUUUCCGGAAGGGCGCCCUCGCUGGGAGCCGCGUCCCACCGGAGAGGCGGGAAUCAUGGCAGACAGUGGAAAUAACAAAAGCCAAGUUCACGAGGAGCUUUGGUUAGAGGAAGAAUUUAUGAAAGAUGAACAAAGAGAGAGAUUAAUUGAUAAAAUUGCAAAGGAGAAUACUCAGUUAAAGGAGGAGAUCCAAAGGCUUGAGGCUGAGUUACAAGAGUCCACCAUAAACUCCCAGAUUAAAGAGGAUAUUCCUGAAACAGAGAUGAAAUUCACAUCUUUAGAGAAUCCUGAGAAUGACAGCCAGUUUUUAAAUGUCUCCUGUUCAUUUCAAGUGAGCUCGCAAGUUCUUUAUGAGCUACAGAAAGGACAAGCACUUAUCACCUUUGAAAAAGAAGAAGUUGCCCAAAAUGUCAUCAGAAUGGGGAAACAUCACGUGCAGAUAGAGGAUGUAGAUGUGGAGGUUAUGGCCAAGCCAGUUCCAUUAAAUUCGGGAGUCAGAUUCCAGGUUCAUGUAGAAGUGUCUAAAGUGAAGAUCAAUGUUACUGAAAUUCCUGAUGAAUUGCCUGAAGAUCAGAUGAGAGACAAGCUAGAACUGAGCUUUUCUAAGUCCCGAAAUGGAGGUGGAGAAGUGCUAUGCGUGCAGUAUGAUAAGCAGUCCCGGAGUGCUGUGAUUACAUUUUUGGAAACUGGAGUUGCUGACAAGAUUUUGAAAAAGAAAGAAUAUCCGCUUUGUAUAAAUCAAAACUGCUAUAGAGUUAUUGUUUCUCCAUACAUAGAAACAGACUUGAAAAAUUUUCAGGCAUUUUCAGGAAUAUCUAGGAGGACGGUGCUUCUCACUGGAAUGGAAGAUCUUCAGAUGAUGGAUGAAGAAAUUUUAGAGGAUUUAGUUAACAUUUACUUUCAACGGGAGACGAAUGGAGGUGGAGAAGUAGAAGUGGUCAAAUGUUCUCUAGGUCAGGCUUGCAUAGCAUACUUUGAAGAAUAGAGGCAUGGAAUUAGAUGAAUAUUAGAGCUUCUGAGCCCAAAGCACUGUCCAUGUGUGACAAAAAUGAAUAUCCCUUUCCUUUAAAAAAUGAAAACUUGAAUUCUUAAGUGUCCAUUUAUUCUUAGAUACAAAAAUAUAUUUCCAUGUUUUUGAAUUCUUGUUUCAAACUCUGCUGCAUGCUUGCAAGUGCAGUAAAUGUACUGUAUUAAAAAGUUUUGUUUGUUCAUAAAUGAUGUGGACAGGUGCCAUGUCCAUUGAAAUCAAUCAUAAGUGAUGCAAUUGUCCCCCUGCUAUGUUGGCUCAUUCUGUCGUGGGCAUGUGGGCCAAUUCUCUUUUGGCCCCGGGUCCACCAACAUGCAGACUUCACUCAACAUUUCCCAAAGAACUGUUAUAUUCAGCUGUUUGUGAUUUCUGUAGACUUUGAAUUUCAAGGAACUUCAAGGGUGAUCAUUUCCCUCUUUCCCAUUGUAUAGCAUUUUACUCCAGAGCCCCAAAGAUAUUUUUCAGAGCUGA